AACAACGAGCAACGAACUUCUUUCAGUCAUAAUAUGUAACGCGUUCCUCCUUAUGCUUAAACUAGCGUUAUUUUGAGUGAGUUUCUUGUUUGAAUAUAAAAAAAAACAGCUUUAUUUUAAUCUGACAGGUGAGAAAUUUUAGGAAAAAGGAGUGACUUCUUAUUUUAAUUUUCAUGACUUUACAAAGUAAAUCUGUUAAGUUCGUCUUUUUGUUGGAAACAUGGAAUAUUAAACAAACAAGCUUUUUUCUGAAGCUAACACGAGCGUUAAAAACUAUAUAAGGAAGUCUUUGACAACCUAAUCUCCAGAGUCUGAAAUUAAUUAAAGUAUAAAAUGCAAACAUAAUCCUUGUGGAUAUCAGAUUUAGUUUGUCAUUGGACUGAAAACUGCCAGUGAUGAAAUGCUUAAUGAAACGAAUAGCUCACGUGAUAUUGAAACAGACACUAGUAUGUUGCAAACGGUGAUAUAUUAUGGAGUGAAUGGUUUUGGAAUUUCCUGGACUUACCUGAUUGUACAUAUUGUUUUGGCUACAGUGGCGGUAGUGGGAAUAACCUUAAAUUCAUUUACCCUUUGGGCGCUACGUGGAAAAGAUUCUGGAUUAGACGUUUCGAUAAUAUUUAUAUCAAACUUAGCAUUUAGUGACGUCAUCAAUGGCGUCAUUUGCGUAUAUUUGGUGACUUACAAUCUUAUACACUACAAAAAUUAUUACGAGUGUGCCUUUAGGACAGGUGUGAUAAUUGGAAUGAAUUUCAAUUCUGCUCUGCAACUGUUGGCUCUAACGUUUGAUCGUUAUUUCAAAAUUAUUUAUCCAUACAGAUAUGUACGCAUAUUCAAAGAUAAAAGAGCGAAGGUAUUCUGCGUUUGUGCAUGGCUACUAUCGACCAUCUUGUGCCUAUUACCUAUACUUGGACUACGACAACCACCGAUUCAUGGUCUAGAAUACUGUAGUUUCUUUGGCGUGCAGACGGACACAUAUCUAAUACUAAUGGCUGUUUGCUUUUAUACGAUCUUCUUAAUGGCGGCUUUUUGUUACUAUAGAAUCCUGUCCGUGUCUUUUGCGCUUACAAAGAGGUUUCGUCAGCAACAAACAACGAAACAGCUAUGGUGGAAACCAACAAAAACUGUGCUUAUUCUUAUAGUGUUCUACUUUGUGUGUUGGGUUCCAUUAAGUGCAUGUAUCAUACUCCAUUUGAGCGAUGGAUUUCCAGACCACUACACUGAUGAUAUGAAAGGGACCGUUCUAGCAUACUGUUCUUCACUUGUGUUCCUGGAUACGAUAGUAAAUCCAGUUAUAUACGCCCUGAAGAUCAGAACAGUGAAACGUAAACUGGCAAGCAUAUUUUGCAGUUUAAAACCAACAUCCACAGGAACGAAUAUAUCUGUGCUACAGAGAAACAUGCAUGACACUAGAGACAGUGAAUUGUCUUUGUGGAGACCUGCUCCAUAUAAUUAGUUUACAGCACG